AUCUGCUUUCUCUCGUGCCACGCGCGAGUCACGUGAAUCUUAUUGUUGGUCGCGCUUUAAGACUUAAGCGUGAAGACUAGCUGUUUAAUCGCGUUUAUUAAAAACACCUUUCACUGUCGAUUACGCGACCUGUGGGCGCCUCGACGGACGCAUCGUAACGCGAUUUCUCACGAAAACGUUGCCCCCGUUGUGGUGGAUAUACAUCUUUUUUUCCAACCGCAAGUUGCUAUAAUUAUCGAGAGAUACUUUCUCCGACUUACUUGGCUGGAACGCUAUUAUCGCAAUGAGAUCUGUCUUUGGCUCUGUGUAGGAUGUUACAAUUAGAUUAGAUAUAUAAUUCGUCACUAACUACCGGAACGUCGAUUUUACUCGUGACGUAAUACGUUACGUCGAUGGGAAGUAAGGAAGGCUUCUUCCUGUUAGCGUUCUUUCCACGAAUCGUGUGCGCGCUAUAGAAAAAAUAUUAUUUCUUACGAACAGUAUCGUUAAUUUACAUUUACAGUUUUUACUUAUGUCCGUUUUAUUUUCUGAUUCGAUAUUUUGAAAAGAUUCGUAAUCACGAUAUAUGAGGGAAAAGUAAAAAGUAAAGAGACAUUAGGAAAAAAAACUUUGCUAAUUUUUAUGAAAAUUUAUGGUCAUUUCUAAUUGUAAGAUGAAAAUCAAUGCUGAGUCGCAAGAUGACGGAUAGUCUAUAACUUCAAAACCUUAAUUUAUAUCACUUCGUUUUGUUCGCCGUGAAAUCGAACACAAAAGCCUUUUUUAAGCGUUACACCACAUAUAUAGACAUUAUCAUUAAAUAGAAAAAGGACCGUCUUAGAAAAAAAAUGACAAAAAUUCUCUUUUUUCUAAAUGUUCCUUUCUUUUCUGACUUUUCUUGAUAAUCACGCAGAGGGUCCUGCGUGUCUUUAUAACCGCACGUUAUAAGUCUAUUGUAAGUAUAAGGACGUCAUGAAUGCCUGAGAUUGUUGACCAACAUGUCCUGCAACUUUUCUCCCCUGCGUGUCAUUCUAUACCGGCGGUUUGUGAGUCUUGCCACGCAAUGGCUACACGUAUUCCUUUGUACGCACUUUCUAUGGAAGGAAACUGACCCAUGUUCAUUGUACGUAUGUAUGCACAAUGUAAUAGUAUAAGUAAUAAUUCGGUAGAAUAACUAUGUUCGCGCGCGCGAGUUGAUCAUUGAUGCAUUAUAAAAAUCACGCUUAACAAUCCUCGUUGUAUUUUCGGAAUUGUCCGAGAAUCUUUAUAUUGCAAAUGCAUUUGUUUUUAUACAUUAACUGCUAAUAAUUAUUAAUUUCCAUAAUAUUUAUUUAAUGACAUAAGAAGAUAUAAAUUAAGGUGUUAUUAAAGUAAAUCGAUACAGGCGAAAUGUAGCUCUUAUCUGAAAUUCAAAUAAUUAAUAUAAUAAUAAUAAAUUAAUGUAAUUAUAUUGUUACUAUAUUAAUAAUAAUAAUAAGUCAGAUACUGAAUUCAAUUUAUGUCCUGCGUAUUGUGAUAUUUAUUAAAAUAAAGAAUAAAUAGUAAAAAUCGCUUCUGUUAUUUUAAUCGAAAUCUUUUAAAAGAUUAACAUAGAGAUUGAGAAAUAUUGAGAUGCAUCAUAUACGACGCAAAAGAAGAAUAAACGAAAUGAAUUGACGACGCACGCGUAUAAAUCGCGCGUGGCCAAUUAAGAUUACGAAUUGAAAAGAUUCACUCUAAUCUUCGCAUUAGUGCCACAUUAUCGCAUUAUUUCUUUAUCAGCGGCUGAUCCAUCACUAAUUAAUUGUUAGAAUAACGGCACAAAGACCCGGUUUAAUCAGAAAAUCAAAUGCGCCUGUGAGGCGCGUAAAUUCCAUCGGAUGGUUUAUAAAUCGUUGCAAUGCACAUCACGUCGCAUUAAAAUCGGAAAUUAGAAUCGGAAAGAGACGAUCUCUCCAACUUUUCGGAUCGGAGUACUGCGAGUCGCUGAAAUUUUACUCGGUAUACCAAUGGUGUGUGUGCGUGAGACUUGAAAAUUUAAAUAAUCUUGAACGACUGAACGAAAAUUUGAAUUUUUAUUUUUAACAGACGCGUCGUAAAAGAUGAUGAAAUUUGUGUAUGUUAUUUCGCUACGCAUCGUACUAUUUACGCAUAUAAAUACGUAAAUAAUGUGCUCGCAUUUGCGUUAUUUGCGCUUAUCAUCGAAUCAUAGUGGACUUUAUAUAAUGUGUUUAUUGCGCGCGAUAUAGUCCAACACCUAGCUGAAACGGAAUUUUGGCAAGCUUAUAGACAGAAUUCAUAUGAAUCCGAAGACAACAAUAUAUAUUAUAAUAAUUGCAUAAAUAUAGAUAGAUAUAUUUAAAGGCAAAAAAAUAAGAUAAUUACAAGGUGCAUGCGGUAUAUCUACACAAGAAUCCGCUGCGUAUUCUUUAUACAGUAAAAAAAAAAAGAGACCGGUAGUAGUAUGCUAACUGACGUGGUGGGAGAUGCUUGCCCCACCCUCAUUAGCCCCUCAUAUUUUUAUAUUAACAUGUAGUGCAGCUCAGGACGCCGUUGAGCCUGCAGUUUCUUCAACGAUCUUACAUAAUUUUCUAAUAUUUUAAUUUUUCUUUUUAUUCAUUAUCAUUCAUCAUUAUGCUUUUUAAACUUAAUUAGUGUUUCGAGACGUGUAUUAAUGUAGUGUCUACAGUGCAUUGCAAAAAUUUCUUGAGAAAUAUUAUACAUAAGUGUUCAUUUAGUGAUUGCACAAAAUAUUUGUGUUAAUUCACAGUCCUGAGAUUUUUCCCUUAUAUCGUUGUUUAACAGCUAUAGAAAUGCCUGUCCAUCCUAUAAAAGCAAAAUAAAUUAACCUGCGGGCCCGCUCCGUCAUUUAAAUUUCAUACAUCUGAAUAGCAGGCUAUUGAACCUUUCAUCGACAGACAAUUAACAAGCUAAGAGACUCCCUUCGAAUGUCGUUGACUAAAGUUAUUUUUCGGUCCUCGGGUUUCUCUUCAGUCGUUUCACAAUUUUCAAAGAGGAAACUUGUGCGUAUGUUGUAAGAAAAAAAAGAAGAGGGUUAAGUGAAUUAUCCGUUCGAGGCUGAUCGAAUCCGGUGUGGAGUUUUAAGGUUUCUCAGCGGUAGGGAAGCCAAAAUAGUGUUUUGCGAGCAAAGUGAGAUGGAAAAACGUUUGUACAGCGAAAUAAAAGCGAAAUAAAAAAAUCGGCCCUACACAACUCAUCAUAUCUUUUUUUCUAUUUAUUCAUUCAUCCGUUCAUCCGCUUGUUUCACAUUCUAUAUCGUGACGAAUUUUCCGCGUUUUCCUUUCCUCACGCAAAUGGAUCGCAACGAGAGUGGCACAAACGAGGGUGGCAGCUCGCCCGACACUGUGAUCGCAUGCUCCUCGUCGGAGGAGGAGAAGCAGAAGUCAAUCGUGGCCAGCACCUCCGGCGAGUACAUCACCGUGGGUGACAGCAGUUCCAGUCUCGAUACCCUGACCAGCGGCAGCGUCGCGAUUCUCUCUUCUAGCGGCAACGCGGACGAUCGAAAAAGAAGUAAAUUCGGUGCGUUGAAGAGCAGUUUCCGCGAGGGUAGUUUAUUCAAAAUCAAGAAGAAGAACCGUGGAACCGACGUGUCCUCCUCCCUCGAGGCAGAACAGCAUGAUAAAGAGGUAUCUCAGCAGCAAUCGCAACAGCUCGAGGGCGAGAAAGAGUCGAAAUUGAUGACCGAUGCGCCUUCGAGCGCGACCCUGAAGAAAAAGAAAAAGAAGUCACACUCGUUGGUGCGCAAGCUGAGCUGGAAUAAAUUUCGCAUGUCCUCGGAACAGCAAGAGCCACGACAUACCCCGGAGGGUGGUAACAGUAGCCGAUCGCAAAGUCAAUCCUCGCAAGAGUCGCCCAUUCAUACAUACGCCACGAGGAAGGAAAAUGACACCCUAGAAAGGGUAAAAGAGGAGCUUAAGAAACCAGAAAAGAUACACGAGAAACCGACGAAAACUGUCAGCGUAGUGCUACGUAAAUCGCCGUCGCUGACCAUCAAGAGCUUUGCGGAAACUGGUCAACAGGACACUGAACGAUAUUCGCAACAGGAGACUCGAGAUAACACCUCGCGUUCUGAUGAGCAAUGCAUCUCGACGCUCCCGUACGCGUUGUCGAGAUGGCCGGAGCGUAGCGAGACGAAGCUCGCGGAAGAUCUAGUGACCAGGAGAGGCAAGGUGAAGAAAUAUGAUUCAGAUUCCUCGGAAUGUAUGCCAUCGACAUCGUCACCCGUCGAGGUUCGCCGUAAGCUGUCGUUGCUGGAAGAGAAACGAGCGAUAUUUCAGCGACGCUUCUUUGAUUCGACAUCCAAGGACGCGACGCGCUCGGACGAGACAGUGAUCGACGUUAACGCCCGCGACGAUCGUGACGAUCUAUCGGGCACCAACAGCAACGAGUUUCUUCAACAACGAGAAGAGGAAAGGAAGAAGAAAGUUCGGCAUAUCAGCGUGAAGACCUUCGAUACAUUCUCCGACACUUUCGGCAACACCCUCGACGAGGAAGAUUUUUCGGAAGAUUACAACGAUACAAGCAGCAAUUAUCGUAGACUUUACGCUGCCAUGGCACCCAUGCUGGGAGCCGUGGACCCUCUUGAGUCGUCGUCGAAUAAUGCACCGAACCUCGGAGUAAGCGAGAAACGGGAGCACUUGUACAAAAUAUUAGUAAUCGGCGAGCUCGGAGCGGGGAAAACAUCUAUCAUUAAGCGAUACGUGCAUCAAUUCUUCUCCCAACAUUAUCGCGCGACGAUUGGCGUCGACUUCGCGCUCAAAGUACUCAACUGGGAUCCGCACACCAUCAUCAGACUGCAGUUAUGGGAUAUCGCAGGUCAAGAAAGAUUCGGGAAUAUGACUAGAGUUUACUACAAAGAAGCCGUAGGUGCUUUCAUAGUAUUCGAUGUAACGAGAAGCGCGACGCUAGAUGCGGUGGUGAAAUGGAAACAGGACCUGGAUUCAAAAGUGCAACUUCCUGACGGAUCGCCGAUACCGUGCGUUCUGCUUGCAAAUAAAUGCGAUCAACAGAAAGAAGGUCUGGUUAACUCGCCCGCAAAGAUGGACGAAUAUUGUAAAGAGAAGAACUUCUCUGGCUGGUUCGAAACCUCGGCGAAGGAGAAUAUUAACAUCGAGGAAGCAGCCAAAUUUCUCGUCAAUAAAAUACUUCAAAACGAUCAGGUUAUAAGAGACAACGGUGUUCAAGAGCAGGCAGACGGCGAGAGAUUCACGCUGAAUCAAUCGCCGACAAGCUCCAAAAAAUCCUGUAGCUGCUGACGAAUAAGCAAAUUGUCGAAUACAAGUUCUCGGUCACGAUUUUUCAUUCGUCAACCUCAAUAUGUCUUCGUAGAUGCCAUGAGAGUCAUAAUUUUUUUAUGCCAUUCUUCAUAACAGGGAGCAUUUACUUAUUCGCCAGCGAGAAUCUUUUAUAUAUAAUAUACGAAAAUUAUUUGAAUUUACCAAUUAAAAUCAUUUUUAUAUACAGCAUGAAAAAGCUAUAUUUAAGCAUAAUAGCUAAACAAAUUUUUUUAUAUUCUUAUAAGCAGUAUUUUGAGAUGCAUAUGAUAAUGACUUUGACAAGAUUACCGAGGUAUAUUCUUUUUUUAAUUAAUUGACACGUGCAAUUUAAAUGAAUUAGAUUAGAUUUGCAUGUAGCACUGCUUUCUGUUUAAAAUCAUGUGUGAAGAAUUACAUUUAUACUACUCUGCUUCUAGAAUCAUUAACAGCGAGAAUUAAGAAUCUUGUACGUAUAUAUGUGAUAAAGAACGUUAUUAAUGCUAUUUAUUGUUACUCAAUUAAUUCAGUUGAACACACGUAUACACAUACUAUAAAUUCAAUAAAAACAAAAUACAGUUUUGAUUGUUUUUUUCGUUAGUAUUUAUAGUAAUACGUUUCCUGUACUUCCAUUUCGUUGUUUAUUUUAUUGAUUAAAUUCAAUUGUCGACAACAUUGUGCCUUCGUUCGCACAAUCGCAGCUAGUUACACAAGGCAGCUGAUUGUAAUUAGAACAUCGAAUGCCCGUUUUACACAAUACGUGUUUAGAUAAAGUUAUCAGUAGCUUUGCAAUAUUUGAACUGAAAUUCAGAGUGAAAAAUGAAAAAUAAGAAUUUUUAAUAUAUUGCUUCUAGAAUCGAGAGAAAAAUGCGGAGAUAUGUAAUGUUCUUGAUAUAGAUCUACCUACUAGAAACAUCUAUGUGUAAGUACAAUAUAUAUCAAGAGCUGCAUAUACAACUGUAUAGAACGUACAUUGUAAAUAAAUAACUUAGAUUUUACAUUAUAAUGAUCGUCACUUUUCGAGCGAUGUUCGCAUAUUUGCACUUUUAUAUAAUAUAAUUUGUAAUGCGGUAUGUAUCGUUAUUGAGAACAUUGUGUAUAUAUAUAUUUAUAUAUACAUACACAUAUGUUAUUAUCGAAGCAUUAUAAUAUAUUUAAAAUUACAUUAUUACUAUCUAACCGUAAUAAUAGCAACUUGCCUGCCUACUUUUAGCUCUUUUUGUAUAGAUAUAAGUUACAAAACGAUGUAUUAAAUUUGUUUAUAUCAGA